AUGAGUCAGGCUAUAUGAUGCUGCUGCCAUUUCAUCAGCAGCGAAAGCCUCCAAAGCCCGAGCAAACACAGAAAUGAUACCGCGGGAUUUCCCUCUCACAGCCUCGUAGACAUCCUCUCAGCUCGGGGGCUCGAAACCGAGAACAGAGGCCUGCUCGCAGUUUAUUCGCGGCUCCUAGCGAAAGCGCAAGAUCCGUUUUUUCUGGUUGCACCUGCACUUGGAUGCGUUUUCUCCUUUCAGCGCUCGAUCGGGCCUGAGAUUAAGGAGGAAGUCAGCCCUGAGUCCUCCGGGGCCUGCCGCUCACCAGCCUCUGUGAUCCAGCUUCCACACAAACAUCGAGGCUUCGCCGCUUUUGGGUUGUUUUUGCGGCUCCCUGAGCAUCGAUCCCCCGGACUAGCCUGUGUCAUGGAGCCCUCAGCAGCCUGAACAGCGUGACAAGAGCGACCAUUCUGUCCCGAAGCACUUCACUGCUGAUCCAACUCGUACCACAGCAAGCAGACCAACACUUACAAACGCACCGGGGAGAGCUGCAGACCAAGCCAAGUCAUGGAGGCAAUAUGGCUCUAUCAGUUCCGGCUGAUCGUCAUUGGGGACUCCACGGUGGGCAAGUCAUGUCUGAUCCGGCGGUUCACGGAGGGUCGCUUCGCCCAAGUGUCCGACCCGACCGUCGGGGUGGACUUCUUCUCCCGCCUGGUGGAGAUCGAGCCGGGCAAGAGGAUCAAGCUGCAGAUCUGGGACACCGCUGGUCAGGAGCGCUUCAGGUCUAUUACCAGGGCUUACUACCGUAACUCUGUGGGUGGGCUUCUCCUCUUUGAUAUCACCAAUCGCCGAUCUUUCCAGAAUGUCCAUGACUGGCUGGAGGAGGCUCGUAGUCAUGUCCAGCCACAUAGCAUCGUAUUCCUAUUGGUGGGCCACAAGUGUGAUCUGGAGGCACAGCGCCAGGUGACCCGCCAAGAAGCAGAGAAACUGGCUGGGGCAUAUGGGAUGCGCUAUGUUGAGACGUCAGCCCGUGACGCCAUCAAUGUGGAACACGCCUUCACUGAGCUGACCAGAGACAUCUUCGCCCUGGUUCGGUCUGGUGACAUCACCAUCCAGGAGGGCUGGGAGGGUGUGAAGAGUGGGUUUGUGCCCAACGUGGUUCACUCAUCCGAGGAAGUGACCAAGAGUGACCGCCGCUGUCUCUGUUGAUCUGGGAAGACUGAAGAUAGGGGAGUGAAGUGGAUCAGAGAGGGGUAGCUGACGGACUGAGGUGUCAGCCCUCUGACUGAAAACUGGUGGUAACCCUCGUUGUUCUUUCUUAGAAAAGACACAGAAAGGGAUGUCUGGCAUAUUUUAACAAAAAGGUUGGUAGAUCGUGGAGAAGAACACCUUGAAUGUGGGUGUAAGACUAAAAAUGGUUGCGCCCAUCAAUGAUGCUCAUUUGAGGGCUCCCAUGAUUGAAUUCCCUUUUCUUUUGUUCCUUUCCUGAAUAAACCUCCCUUGCAAAAGCCUUA